ACAGCGGGUGAAGGGAGUAGACGGCCAUUUUGUCGGCCAGGAGCUGCAGCGAGUAAGGGGGAAUUUUAUUCCUGAUCCGACCACUCCUUUCCUUCGGGCGUAUAAGCACUGAUUUUAUUUUGGUAAUUAUUUAUUUGAGCACCGCGUGGAGUCCGGGGCGCGGCGGGUUUGUGAUCUUAACUCCCCGAGAUGAGUUCGGUGGACAUCCGGAAGCUGAAAGUGAAUGAGCUGAAGGAGGCGCUGCACAAGCGGGGCCUCGACACAAAGGGUCUCAAGGCUGACCUGCAGGAGCGGCUGCAGGCUGCCCUCAACCGCGACGCUGCCGAGGCGGCGGAGGAGCAGGAAGUGGUCGCGGAUGUCGCCAGCGACGGGCACUCGCGGGAGGAGAAGACGGAAGAGCCGGCGACCAGGGCCUGUGAGGGUGAUGGUACUGAUGCUCAGGAUCCAAGCUAUGGUGGAGCUGUGAACUCCUUUAAUCAAUGCAAUAAUCAAAGCAAUGACUUUGGAAGGUCCAGGCAAGAAAGUGUAGAGAGACCAGCCACUGAACAGGCACCAGUCAAGCAGGAAUUUCAACCAGUUACAGUAAAAGAGGAACCUGUGGAUCAAGCGGCAGUCAAACAGGUGAUACCACCAACUAGAAAGAGACCCUUUGCAGACCAAGGGCAUGGAUAUUACGAAUACCGAGAGGACAGGAGUUAUGGUCGCAGAGCAAAAUCUCCCCAGCCACCUGCCGAGGAUGAUGAAGAAGAAAUUGAUGAAUCUUCGGUGACUAUUGAUACUUAUAACUGUGAUCUGCACUUUAAAGUAGCUAGAGACCGCUUGAGUGGCUACCCCUUGACUAUUGAAGGAUUUGCAUAUCUGUGGUCAGGAGCACGAGCAACAUAUGGGGUCAACAAGGGGAGAGUUUGUUUUGAAGUUAAGAUUAAUGAAGAAAUUCCAGUUAAACAUCUCCCUCCAACUGAGCCUGAUCCCCAUGUGGUUCGUGUUGGUUGGUCGCUUGACUCGUGUAGUAUGCAGUUAGGCGAAGAGGAAUUCUCAUUUGGGUAUGGAGGGACAUCAAAGAAGUCAACAAGCUGCAAAUUUCAGGACUAUGGAGAACGAUUUUCUGAAAAUGACGUGCUGGGCUGCUUAAUUAACUUUGAAGUUGGUGAAGACGUGGAGAUGUCCUAUACCAAGAACGGAAGGUGGCUUGGUGUUGCGUUCAGGGUCAAAAAAUCAGCUCUUGCUGGACGUCCAUUGUUCCCACACGUGUUGUCAAAAAAUUGUGCUGUUGAGUUCAACUUUGGCCAGAAGGAUCCCUGGUGCAGAAUUCCUGACGGGUUCACAUACAUUCAGCAUGUGCCCUUAGAUCAACGGAUGCCAGGGACAUCAGGACCAAAAACAAAGGCAGAGUGUGAAAUCCUGAUGAUGGUUGGACUCCCUGCAGCAGGGAAAACAACAUGGGCUGCAAUGCACGCAGCCAGCAACCCACGGAAGAAGUACAACAUCCUUGGUACAAAUGCCAUCAUGGAGAAGAUGAAGGUGAUGGGGCUUCGACGUCAACGCAAUUAUGCUGGCCGUUGGGACGUCCUAAUUCAGCAAGCCACCCAGUGCUUGAACCGUCUUAUCCAGAUUGCCGCUCGCAAGAAACGCAACUAUAUUCUUGACCAGACAAAUGUUUAUGGAUCAGCACAGAGACGAAAAAUGCGUCCUUUUGAAGGGUUUCAACGCAAGGCUAUUGUAAUUUGUCCUACGGAUGCCGAUUUAAAAGAACGGACAAUAAAACGCACUGAUGAGGAAGGAAAGGAUGUGCCUGAUCAUGCAGUUUUAGAAAUGAAAGCGAACUUCACCCUGCCAGUCGUAGAUGAUUUCCUAGAAGACGUGACUUACGUCGAGCUUCAGAAGGAGGAGUCCGAGAAGCUGGUGAGCGAGUACAACGAGGAAGGAAAACGGGCCAUCCCUCCCCCUGAGAAACGCUUCGACAACCGGUCUUCUGGCUUCCGUGGCCGAGGAAACUUCAACCGAUUUGACAAUCGUGGUGGGCAGGGAUCUCGUGGCUUCAACCGUGGUGGAUUCCGUGGAGGUUACAACCGUGGAAGUAACCCACCGAACCGCUGGCCCAGCAACAGUAACAACAACCGUGGCACCUACAGUCGGACCCACAGCUACAACAUGGCGCGAGCACCAACCUACAACAAGACCACCUACAAUCAGAGCAUGCCAACGCCAGUCGCGCCAACAACGACACCGGCUCCUGCGCCACCUCCACCACCACCAGCACCGGUUCCUGCACCACCAGCGCCAGCGCCUGCGCCAGCACCGGUAACGUACGGGCAGACCUACGGCCAGGGCUACAGUCAAGCAUACAAUCCUAGUUACAACUAUGGCACCUACGGCAGCUAUGCGAACUACAGCCAAGGCUAUACUCAACCCCAAACUGCCACACAAACUUACAGUCAGCAGUAUCCAAACCAGUACCAGCAGUACGCUCAGCAGUGGAGCCAGUAUUACCAGAGCCAGAAUCAGUGGAAUCAAUACUAUGGGAACUACAACUACGGGAAUUACUCAGGAGGAUCGCAGAGCUCCGGCACGCAGUAGAACCAAUGCUGAAGCUAUUAUCCAAACCAUUUUUUAAAAGAUUAAACACAGAAUAAUUCUAUGAGCAGUCAGUUGUAAAAAGGUUUUAAAAGCUCUGUUUGGGUGUAUGACACACCUCAAUUUUCUGGCAUUUUGUGUCAUAUAGUAGUAGUAAUUGUAAAAUUAAAGAAAAGAUGCAAAAGAAUCAAAAAUUUAAGAUUCUGAGAUGUUUAAUGUAAUGACGUCUUUUUAGAUUUUUAUGUAACUUUUUACUGUCAGUAAGCUAUUUUGUCAAGAUAACUAAUGACAAAACUUCAAAAACAAUUGGGUGACACUUUGAACAUGUUAACUUUUUUAUAUAAUGUAUAAGGUUCAUGUCUGCUUGUGCUUUUCUGUUCAGUCUGUUUGAAACUGCUUUUGUAUCUGGGAUAAAGUUAAGAGUUAACAACCUUACAAAGCUUUUGGUGUUAUUGCUCUCAAUUAUGUCUUACCAAAUUUUGUGUUUGCGUGGUAUGUAAUUAAGGGCCCAACAAAUUAUUUGGAUCGUUUUUAGUAUUGUAGUGACAAGAAGUGACAAGGAAUGUUCAGAACUAUUUCUAAAACUGCAGCAGCUCCAGAAUUUGUACAAUAUUAAGACAGGAAGUCAUAUCACUUAACAAACACUCCAUAUUAUGUACAAACAAAAACACUUCACAAUAUCUCUCAGGCAGUUUGCUUUCUAUCACCUUCAGUUUCACCAAUAAACUGAAACGAUUGUCUUCCAUCUCUCAAAGUUGACAAAACAUUCUGUUAAUAAAACAAAUCUGCCUAUCUCUCAGUUUUGGGUGUUUUUUAAACCUCACUUGCUCUAUGUAAACCUCUGUUUUGGAACAGAUGUUUGAGAGGUAUCACUCAGUCCUAGAGAGGCAAAUGGAUGGUUGACUUGGCUCAUUGUCUUCUGUGGAGUUGUGCAUGUGACAGAGCCUGUAACUCCAUCCUUUUGCCUCGAUUUCAUUGUAGUUAUUCAAAACAAAGAACCUAAAUUCUGGAAAGUAUAAUGUGUUCCUGAGCACGAUUGUUGUGUUUGUCUCCGAAUUCCAAUCCCAGUGCACAAACUGUUACUCUCUGUCCUUGUAUGAAACAUGGAAUGGGCAAAAGGGCUUCCUUCUAUGUCGGAUUGUUUUUGAAAUGGAAAGUUGAUGUACUGUUUCUGCUUAGGAUGCCUUGCUGAUGGAAUUUUUGGUUACAUCAAAUUACAGCCACUCCUUGAGUGUUGGGGUUAUCCCAGAGAACGAGAAACUGCUUGGCUUUCCCAAGAUGGUGUAGAGGCAGUCUCUGAAUAACCUGCUGAGCAGCACAGCCCAGGAUUAUUUCCAACUUUGAUUCAGAUCAGUGCCUGGUUAGGUAGACACUCUGCAAUCAGAUUUCUCAGUUUGAAUUUAAGGUUCAAUGUCAAGUUGGGGUCUCAAAGGUAAGUAAAUGAGAGUUCUAGGAACCACUAUGGCUUUGGGAGGUUGUUUUUAAAAAAAAAAGCGUAGGUGGAAAAAGGCUGGAUUUUUGGUACCUAUUGAUGCUAUGUUAGUCAUCUGUCACUCACUGGCCACUUUAUUAACUUCAGGAGUGGAACCCGGUGUGCCCUAUUGCUGCUGUAGCCCAAGGUUCGAUGUGUUGUGUCAGAGAUGCUCUUCUGCACACCACUGUUGCAAUGUGUGGCUAUCUGAGUUACUUUCGCCUUCCUGUCAGUUUGAACUCGUCUGGCCAUCCUCCUCUGAUGUCAUUAACAAGGCAUUUUUUCCCCACAGUGUAGCCACUCGCAGGAUAUUUUUGUUUCUCACACCAUUCUCUCUAAACUGUAGAGAUAGUUGUGAAAAUCUCAGCCAAUCAGCAAUUUCUGAGAUACUCAAGCCACCGUCUGCCACCAGCAAUCAUUCCACUGUCAAAGACACAGUUCAUACCCAUUCUGAUGUUUGGCCUGAACAACAACUCUUCAUCAUCUCUGCUUACUUUUAUGCAUUGAGCUGCUGCCACAGGAUUGGCCAAAUAGAUGUUGCAGUGACGGACAGGUGUACCUAAUAAAGUGGCCAUUGAGUGCAUGUAGUGGAAGGAGAUGAGUCAUGAGGGGCUUAAACCAAGGGAUCUAGUGGGAGAGAUUUAUGCUAGGUACACAAAGUGGUCUGCCGCUCUGGGCGGCAUUAAAUUUGAUUUUAAAAUGAGUAUAAACAUUGUUCAUUGUGCUACAUUGUAAACAAAGCAACUGAAUUUUGUUUUCCAUUAGUCGCUGUGUAUCAAAAUGGAUGAUAAAUCUCUGAAAAGACUAGUUAUGCCAAGAGUUUUAUCCCAGUGGUUUUUUAGUGCGCAUGUUAUAUGAUCAAUGAAUAACAGUCAUGAAAAUGCUUAUGUACUGUCAGGCUGUUGACGUGGACUGAAUGCUUGAUAGUCAGAAUGUUUGCUUUCUUGCUCACGCCUGCCGUUUAACUUUACGUUUGAUUAAAUGCUGAAGUUGUUGCUCUGUGAUUAUGUUGGUGUUUUGUUACACUGCCUAAAACUAAACAAUGUCUCAGCAGAAAUAAUCAUUAAAAAGUACAUUUUUUUAAACUCA